AUAAUGGCGUCAGAGUCUCUUCCGCUUUGCCGGCAGUGGUAUUCAGAGUAGUGUGCUGUAGAAUUACUUGAAAAACAUUGAAUUUAUGUGAUAAAUUACUCUGUAAAAUGAUUGCUACAGAAGAUAAAUUUGAAGAACCUCCAAAAGAGGAACAAGUGCACUUUCAAUCUCCUGCUGUCCAGAAUAAUCCUAAUGGAUGGGGUCCUUGUGAAUUACCAGAUCAAUUUAAAGAUAUUCCAUACCAGCCGUUUUCGAAGGGUGAUAGACUCGGCAAGAUAUCAGACUGGACUGGAGCAGCUUUUCAAGACAAGAAAUUUACCAACAAGUAUGCGUCUCAAUUUGGCUCUGGUAGUCAAUACGCUUACUAUCAUGAUGAAGAUGAAUCAACAUUUCACUUGGUUGAUACAACACGCGUACAAAAGCCACCUUAUCAACGUGGCCGAUUUGGUAAAAACCAACGUAAUCUUCGUGGUCGUGGUGGCCAACGUGGUGGCCUCAAUCAAAUGCAGCAACUUGGUAAACUCAAGUUACGCGAACGUGAACGUAAAGGCCAAGCUAAACGUUGGGGACGCCAACAAGGUCUUAGGAAUCAUAAAAACCAACCCCCAAUUAAAAUUCGUGAUGCUUCCGUUACUGUAAGACCUGAUUGGGUAACUAUUGAGGAAAUGGACUUUCCAAGACUGGCCAAACUUACAUUGCCCAAUAUUAAAGAUGGAGAAGAUGUUGUUUGCUGUGGAUCAUUGGAAUUUUAUGAUAAAACUUAUGACCGAGUUAAUGUCAAAAAUGAAAAGCCAUUACAAAGAGUUGACCGUAUAUUCCAUACAGUUACCACAACUGAUGAUCCAAUUAUUCGUAAAUUAUCUAAAACAGAAGGAACUGUUUUUGCUACGGAUGCUAUAUUGGCAACAAUUAUGUGUUGUACUCGUAGUAAUUAUUCAUGGGAUAUUGUCAUAGAAAAAAUUGGAGACAAACUUUUCUUUGAUAAACGUGAUAACACUGAAUUUGACUUACUAACUGUUAAUGAAACUAGUGUGGAACCACCUCAAGACGAUGGAAAUUCUUUAAAUUCUCCAAGAAAUCUUGCAUUGGAAGCUACGUUUAUUAAUCAUAACUUUUCUCAGCAAGUUCUAAAAUCAAAUGAACCAAGAUAUAAAUUUGAUGAAGGAAAUCCAUUUAUUUCUGAAGAAGAGGAAGGUGAUGUAGCAUCUGUUGCUUAUCGUUACAGAAAAUGGGAUCUUAAUAACGGAAUCACUUUGAUUUGCCGAUGUGAACAUGAUGCAGUAAUGCAAGGACCUAACGGAGAAACUCAAUUUCUAACAAUUAAAGCUUUGAAUGAAUGGGAUUCAAAAUUAGCAAAUGGAGUAGAGUGGAGACAGAAAUUAGAUAUUCAACGAGGUGCAGUAUUGGCCAAUGAAUUGCGUAAUAAUGCUUGCAAGCUCGCUAAAUGGACAGUUCAGGCAUUGCUUGCUGGUUCUGAUCAACUAAAGCUUGGAUAUGUUUCACGUGCCAGUGUUCGUGACUCAAGUAAACACGUAAUCCUCGGAACUCAACAGUAUAAGCCUAAUGAAUUUGCUACGCAAAUCAAUCUGAAUAUGGAUAAUGCUUGGGGCAUUUUACGAUGCAUCAUUGAUAUAUGUCUAAAGCAGAAAGAUGGAAAAUAUUUAAUUAUGAAGGAUCCUAAUAAGCCAAUGAUUCGAUUGUAUGAUAUUCCUGAUAAUACCUUUGAAAGUGAAGGUGAAGAAGAUGAGGAUGAAGAUGAACCUGUUAAUGAUGCUUUCCAAAACUGAUCAAUUUUCUGCCAUUCAAUUUUGUAUAUCAAAAAUUUUUUUUGACAUUUUUAUUUUAAUUACCGAUAUCCAAUAUACCAUUAUGUGACAUCAUCGAAAUUGUAAUAAAUUUGGGGAUUUAAUAUCUAGUUUUAAUAUCAAUUUGUUUAUUGAAUUAAUAAAUUUAAACAAAAGAAACAACAAGUGUGUAGUAAAAAAG